AUGCUGUGGACCAGGAUGCUGAAGGACAACAAAAAGAACUGGAGACGAGUCUACAAGGCCUUACUGCUGCUGGCCUACCUGAUCAGGAAUGGCUCUGAAAGGGUCGUCACCAGUGCCAGAGAACACAUUUACGACCUGAGAUCUCUAGAAAACUACCACUUCAUUGAUGAGAAUGGUAAAGAUCAGGGUAUUAAUGUGCGUCAAAAGGUGAAGGAGAUGGUGGAGUUCAUCCAGGAUGAUGACAGAUUAAGAGAAGAGAGGAAGAAGGCCAAGAAGAACAAGGAUAAAUACAUUGGCGUCUCCUCUGACAGUAUGGGCGGAGGAGGGGGCAGCUUUAAGAACUCUAAUGAGUUGGAUCGGAAUAAGUGGGAUGAAGACUGGGAUAAAAGCAGAGGAUCUUUCCCUUUUAGUGAGAAGCUCGGAGAGAUCAGUGAUAAGAUUGGCAGCACCAUUGAUGACACUCUGAACAAGUUCAGGAAGAAGGAACGAGAUGACUCGCCUGACAGAAUUAGUGACAAUGAGGAGGACCGAGCAUCAAGAAACGGUAGGCAGGAAGCACUCGAGUUCAAGGAUGAGGAGGAAACGGUCACAACAAAGAGCAUUCAGAUCACACAAGCAACUGAAACCACCACCACCACCACACGGAAGCGCACCGUGGCAGCAACCAACAAGACCCUGGACCUGGGUGCUGCAGCCAACUAUACUGGAGACAAGAGCCCAGAGGAGAAGCCAUCAAGCAGGCAGUCUUCCAGCAGUGGCCUGGCUGACCUGCUUGUGAUCGACCCUUUAUCCAAUCAGAGCACUACAACAGGUGGCAGUUCAAACCUCAUUGGUGGUUUUGCAGACUUCUCAUCUCCUGCAGCUUCUGCCAGCCUCCCGACCUCCACCGCUGCUGCAUCAUCCAAUGGAAAUGGAGAAUUUGGGGACUGGAAUGCCUUCUCUGCCAGUCCUCCAGCAUCAUCUAGUUCUGGUCCCUCCCAACCUGUCGCUGACUUGUUUGGCAGCGUUCAGUCACCCACAGCCCCGACCUCCAGUACCACCUCUAUUCCACCUUCUGCUGAGCUUUUGGACUUGAUGAGUGGAGUUAACAAUCAAAUAACCAGUCCACAUACAACACUUAGUGCCUCUCAGAGCCUGACUUUCUCUCUGGGAGGGGUGACACCCGGUGCUUCUGGUGGUUUACCCACCAUGCCCCUCUCUCGUUCUCAACAGAGUUUGGGAGCCAUGUCAUCUCAGCCACCCAUAGGACAACAGCAGAAGGUUGGCGUUGGAGGUCAGGGAACAUUAGGGUCAACCUGGUCUGACCCCUCUGUCAACAUCAGCUUGGACUUCCUUUCAGCCGGCUUCAACCCCACUAAGACGCCACCCACACUCAACAAUAUCAUCCAGCAGCAAGGCGUGCCUCCCGUCAACCUGUUGGCCCAGAACUUCGGAGGACUGAACCUCAGCUCUCCGCCCCAUGUGGCAUCAAUAAGACCACCAGCUAAUCCCAUGAUGGUAGGCAACCCCAUGACAAUGGGCAUGCCUGCAACAAUGACAACUGGCAUGCCUGGCUCCCUGGCCACAGGUAUGCCAGCUUCAAUGACCGCAGGUUUACAGGGUGGGAUUCCUGUAAACCAAAGUAUGAUGGGAAUGAACAUGAACAUGAAUAUGGGCAUGUCUGCUCCGGUGAUGAUGGGCAGUAUGGCUGGAAUGGGAGUUCCAGCAGUAGGGAUGGGCCUACCACACUCCAUCACCCCAGCUGUGGUCCCACCCAAACAAGAUGCCUUUGCUAACUUUGGCAGUUUUGGGAAAUAAAGGUUUGUGUUUGUGUGCGUA